CCUAGGCGAAAUCAGUGAAAGUGCUGUGUUUGUGUCGCGUGUAAUGAUGGAAGCUGACAGCUGUGUUCCCAGUUGGAUGGUCAUGUAUGAGGAUGAGUCUGUGGAUAUUUGCUAUAAAAAUGGGACACGUUUACAAUUUUCCCCGUGUGGUUGCGAGUUCAUGCUUGUAAAAGGCACAGACCCUUCUGGACAUCCUCUACAGACUCCCGCGAGAGCUAGACAGAGAACCAGGUUCACCAUCAGCGCCUACAAAGACCUGAUAAUAGCUGCACUGGCAUUCAGGAAUAAGUAUGCCAGUCGGCCAUAUCUGCCAGAGGAGCUCAUCCCUGUUGGUCAAAAACAGCCUUUGUUUAAUAUUAACGUAGAUGUACAGUGGCCCAAGUGGUCGUCCUGCGAGGCAGAGUUGGGACCUGGUGGUGAGACCACCAUCAGGUCAGAGGACAAACGGACUGUGUUGAUGCUGGCGCCGUCAGGGGAAGAGUUCUCUGUGGAGUUUUUAUGUAGGCUCAGCCAACCUCUUCAUCAGCAACCACAGCAUUUGAGCAGAGAUUCUGAAUGCAGCCCAGAUAGUCGACCGCAGCACACAAGCAGCUUGACCCGUAGGACUGUAGACUGCUUGCAAAGCCCCAGUGAUGACACCCCAGAUGUUCAUCAUGGGAAAGGAAAGAGAAGGGAUGAGUCAGUUCGGGCGAGGUCAUGUUCUCCUCAAAUGAUGAUGACCGAGUCUCAGCCAGAGGGGAAGUACCAGUGUACCACACUCAUCCAACAUCACUCCUGCCAUGUAGUUGAACCCACUUGGCAUUAUCCUCUCUCCUUGGCCCGCCGUCACUGGACAGCUCGUCUCUCCAACCCUGUUGAUGGCGCAACAGAGCGAACCAGACAUUCAAACCAGACAGAUGAAAUUCUGAACACAUCAAACUUGGAUAGUGAGAGAAAGUCUCUCCUCCCUCCAGCUCUACCUCUUACCUGUCCAUCCCCUCACUGGCACAGCUGGAGGUUUCAAGACCCAGUGGCCGAAAAGGAACAAUCCAAUCAGCCCUUUCCAACAGAGCUGGUGAAAGUGAUCUGGCAUCAAGGCGUGACCUACAGGAUACUGGGCAAAGAUGUCUCGAUCAUCGAGGUCUUGCCAGGUGAUGGAUCUGUCAUCCGGUCUAAUGGAGUCCUCAGCAUGUACUUUACUCAUUACAAGCCAGAUUGUCAUUCAACGCAGGCAAAUGUCAAAGAGGUAACAUAUCACCUUAAUAGCCUACCACCUGACAUACCUGGACAGUUGUAUUCAAUUUGCUCUGUUGUGAGUUGCGCAAGCAGGAUUCUUGCAAACUACAAUGAGGCUAAAACAUCAUUGAUGCUCUCUGCCACACCCAGCUGCUUGUUGCAGGAGAGCGUCUUCUCCAAACUAACAAUGCUUGAAGGAAAUCCUUCACCUGUUGGACAGCAUAAGAAUGACAUAGAGGCACAAGAAACUUGGUCAGACUUUGCUGCUGCAGAGCUUGCAAAGAUAAAACCAUUCAACUUUCUGCUGGAAAACAGCAACUUGCAAGGAAGAAAGGCAAAAGGAUGUGCACAAAACGGCUUGUCUGGAAUCCCUUCUGAACCUGUGAGUGAGGGCAGCGUUGCAGAAGCUCUUCAGAGGACCUCCGCUGCCAUCCAGGACAUCGAUGCUUUUAUAACUACAGCCAAACAGACUUGAAGAAGCAUGAUGUUUGAGUUAUGGGACUUCAAAGACAUAUUUUGUUUUUGUUCAAGUGACUAAAAUAAAUCAAAUAAAAGAAAUAAGUAUUUAAUUUAUGUUGGCCUGCGUUGUCCCCGUUGUAGAUUGUUUUUCCCCUUCAAAUGACCCUUUUAUAACCAACAGCUGAUGAAUGUUUACACACUUAGCAAACUUAUAGUAUGUUGUAGUUUUGGUUUUCUGUUCCUAGAAAUAUGCAAAAUUAUGCAUUGGGUUGAUUUUAUUUAUUUAUCUGAGUGCCUUGCCCCACACUACUGCUACACAUCAGUGAAAAAUGUAAAAUGACCAAACAAUUGUAACUGUUGUAUGUUCAUGUUUUUAUUUUUUUAUUGUAUAUAUUAUUGGCUUGAUUGCUGUAUAAACUUAUUUUAAAUUAUUGUAUUGUGUAUAAUGGUCCUGUGGUUGAUAUUCCUA